CAGCUCAACAGCAAAUUCAAAGCUCAGCAGAGCAGCAAAGCAACAAAGCAGCUAGCGAAGCUAGGGAGGUCGAUAGGAAGAAGCGCAGGACUGGAGAGGAGUAUCGGUUUGAACUUGGAGGGAGCUUGAAGGAGAAGGCCCAGUGGUGUCCAUCGCAUGCUGAGCUCGUUGCAUUGGCAGGAACCAUGCCGGGUGCUGCACUGCAUUUUAGUAUUCCGGAUCUGAGCAACAAUCAGGACGGGUGGGGCCCAACGACAAUACCCGAUCAGUACAAGGAUGUCCCAUAUGCUCCUUUCAACAAGGGAGACCGAGUAGGAAAGGCUUCCGACUGGACGGGCCAGAGCUACAAGUAUCAGCAGGGACGGUAUGGUCAGCGAGAUGGCACGGGUAUCACGCUUUUCAAUUACGUCUAUGAGGAUGAGGACAACUUUCACCUAGUGGACAGCAAACCGGCGCCCAGGCCAAGAUAUGGACAGCGGAGGUUUCAGAAUCGGUUCCAACAGAACCGGAGGGACCAGGAGCAGCGGAGGGAUGGCGGGCGUGAGGCGGACCGGGAGAGGCAACGCCAGCAAAAAGCACAGCAGAAGAAGGGGCAGUGGAACAAUUACUGGCAGGACAGGAAUGCACCGCGGGUCACGUAUAACAGCUCGGUUGACAUCCGGCCAGAAUGGAGCGUCCUGGAGCAGAUUCCGCUGACCGCCCUCACGAAGCUGCACUUCGACGCUGGGGAAGCGGAGGACAUCACCACGUGCGGGGCGGUUGAGUGGUACGAUCGGGUGUACGAUCGGUUAACUCCCAAGCAGGAGAAGCCGCUCCUGCGCUAUGAGAGCCGGCAAUUCUUCAAGGUCACCACUACGGAAGAUCCCGUCAUCCAGCGCCUUGCAAACGAGGACGCCGGCACCGUCUUUGCCACCGACGCCAUCCUGGCGACGCUCAUGUGCGCCCCGCGCUCCGUCUACGGCUGGGACGUCGUGGUCCAGAGGGUCGGGGACAAGCUCUUCUUCGACAAAAGGGACAACUCGUUCGACCUUCUCACAGUGAGCGAGACCGCGCAGGAGCCCAUCCCCGAGGAGAAGGACAACAUCAACGCGGUCCACUCGCUCAGCCAGGAGGCCACCUUCAUCAACCAAAACUUCUCGCAGCAGGUCGUCGUCAAGGACGGCAAGAAGUACAAGUUCCAGGAGCCCAACCCGUUCGCCGCCCAGAACCAGGAGCUCGCGUCGUGCGCAUACCGGUACCGCAAGUGGAAGUUGGACGACAAGAACGUGCUGGUGGCACGGUGCGAGAUCGACAGUAUCGCCGAGAUCAAGGGAGAGGAGACGCUCAUGAUCGUCAAGGCGCUCAACGAGUUCGACUCCAAGAUCACGGGCGUGGACUGGCGCCAGAAGCUCGACAACCAGCGAGGGGCGGUCUUGGCGACGGAGUUGAAGAACAACGCCAACAAGCUCGCCAAGUGGACGUCCCAGGCUCUGCUGGCAGGCGCUGGCAUGAUGAAGCUUGGGUUUGUGUCGCGCGUUGCCCCUCGCGACCACUACAACCACGUCAUCCUGGGAGUCCAGGGGUACAAGCCCAAGGAGUUUGCGGCGCAGAUCAACCUGAACGUGAACAACAUGUGGGGCAUCCUCAAGAGCCUUGUCGAGAUCUGCAUGAAGCUCGACGAGGGCAAGUACCUCCUCGUCAAGGACCCCAACAAGCCCCUCAUCAGGCUGUACGAAGUACCCGGCGAUGCGUUCGAUGACGACUACGUGGAGGAGCCGCUUGCAGAGGAGGAGCAAGAAGCCGUGGAGCCGGAGAGGAAAGAGGAGCAAGACGAAAAGGACGCUGAUGCCGAUGACGUGUAGACGUCGUUCGAAUGCUAUUACGCUCGCUCGAUUGGCUUUCUGUGAUUCAACUUUCCAGUGUAGUGGACCGUUUGUUCUUGCUACUUGACACCGAACUCGGAAGAGGAACAUUUCAAGACGUCGUCGCUUUUUUAGCACCAAUUGUGCUGUGAUGUCUUUUUAUAGCAUGGUUCCGUCAAUGUGCACAUGCUGUGGACGCAACUGAUCAUGGAAGGUGCUCGGGAGUCCUCUUGUUUGCUGUGGUGGGGAUACAGCUAAGUGCACAACAUCCCUUUAGCGAUGGCAUGCACCUAUCAUCACCUUUCAAUGAACUGUGCGGUUCAAGAAGGCCUUACAAGCAAGGACUGUUGGACUCCUUCAGCGAUGGCACCUAGAUCAUCACCUUUCGAUGAACUGUACGGUUAAAGAAGGCGUUACUGUGUACAAGAAAAGGACUGUUGGACGAUUGUUGACCGGUUCAUAUGUAUUUUUCCUUGGUGAAUUAUAAGGGCGCACCCGGUAG